AUGGCUGACGCUUUGAAGGCAGAAGGCAACAAGGCCUUCUCUGCCAAAGAUUAUCCAACUGCGAUUGACAAGUUCACACAAGCUAUCCAGCUCGAUCCCAGUAACUAUAUCCUCUACUCCAACCGUUCCGCCGUCUAUGCUGCGCAGUCCGAAUACCAGAAAGCUCUCGAGGAUGCCAACAAGGCUGUUGAGAUCAAGCCGGACUGGUCGAAAGGCUGGAGCCGCAAGGGAGCCGCGUCCCGGGGCCUCGGAGAUCUCUUGGGUGCUCAUGAUGCGUACGAAGAGGCUCUCAAGCUCGACCCCGGAAAUGAGCAGGCAAAGAUCGGUUUCAACAAUGUGAAGAGAGCCAUUGAUGCCGAGGCACAGGCUGACGGUGUCACCGGCGACCCGACCGCUGGCCUCGGUGGAAUUUUCAACGAUCCCCAGCUGUUCCAGAAACUGGCCAGCAACCCCAAGACCUCCGCUCUCCUUGCAGACGGCGACUUCAUGUCGAAGCUGCAGCGUCUCCAGCAAAACCCCAACAGCAUCGGCCAGGAGCUCCAGGAUCCCCGCUUCCUGCAGGUUAUGAGUGUUCUGCUGGGAAUUGAUAUGAGCUUCGGUGCUCCUCCGGAGGCUGCCGGCGCUGGCGCUAAUGCCGACGAAGAUGUGCCCAUGUCGGAUUAUGUGCCUGCUCCUCCAGAACCUAGCAAGCAGUCUGAACCUCAACCCGAACCUGUGCCCGAACCCGAACCCAUGGACGAAGACACGCUCGCCCAGAAGGAAGCCAAGGAAGCCGGCGAUGCUGAGAAGAAGAUUGGUAACGAUUUCUACAAGAAGAAGCAGUUCGAUCAGGCUAUCGAGCACUACACCAAGGCUUGGGAACUUAACAAAGACAUCACAUACCUGAACAACAUUGGCGCAGCCAAGUUUGAGAAGGGCGAUCUCCAGGGUGCCAUUGAGACUUGCCAGAAGGCCGUUGAGGAAGGCCGUGAGCUCAGAGCCGAUUUCAAGGUCAUUGCUAAGGCCUUCGCGAGAAUCGGUACUGCCUACGAGAAGCUGGGCGAUUUCACACAAGCCAUUGAAUAUUACCACAAAUCCCUCACUGAGCACCGUACUCCUGACGCUUUGACCAAGCUUCGCAACGCCGAAAAGGCCAAGGCCAAGGCCGAGAAGGAGGCCUACAUCGACGCCGGCGAGGCCGAAAAGGCCCGCGAGCUUGGACAGCAGAAAUUCCAGGAGGCAGACUGGCCCGGUGCCGUCGAUGCCUUCACUGAGAUGACGAAGCGGGCCCCGAACGACCCUAGAGGCUUCUCGAAUCGUGCGGCCGCCCUCAUCAAGCUCAUGGCUUUCCCUCAGGCUGUGCAGGACUGCGACGAGGCUAUCCGCCGUGAUCCCAAGUUCAUUCGCGCUUACAUGCGCAAGUCCCAGGCUUUGGUCGCCAUGAAGGAGUACAACAGGGCUCUGGACGCCUGCACGGAAGCCGCAGAGCAGGACGAUGGAACCCACGCACGCGAAAUCGACCAGCAGCAGCAGAAGUGUCUGGAGGCCCAGUUCAGCGCCCGCGCCGGCGAGACGGAGCAGCAGACCAUGGAGAGAAUCCAGAACGACCCUGAAAUCAUGUCGAUCCUUCAGGACCCCGUCAUGCAGAGCAUCCUUCAGCAGGCCAAGGGCGACCCUGCCGCUCUGCAGGAGCACAUGAAGAACGCCCAGGUCCGGACAAAGAUCCAGAAACUCAUGGCGGCCGGCGUCAUCCGCCUGGGCCGGUAG